GCUUCCGCCGGCGCCCGGAGAUGACGUGUGGACGCUCCGCGGAACCAAGAUGGUGUCGGUGACUCUCGCCACGUCAGAGUGGAUCCAAUUUUUCAAAGAUGCCGGCAUACCUGCAGGACCAGCUGUCAACUAUGCUGUCAGCUUUGUGGACAACAGGAUUCAGAGGAACAUGCUCAUGGAUCUCACUAAAGAUAUCAUGAAUGAACUGGGCAUCAUGGUAGUCGGGGAUAUUAUUGCCGUUCUGAAGCAUGCCAAAGUCGUCUACAAACAGGAACUUGCUAAGAUGGCCACAGAGUCCAUAACUCCGACCCAUGGAAACGUACAUUUUGAAUUAAAAAGAACUACUGGCUCGCCUGCCACGCGAAUGAUCGCAAACAGCUUGAGCAGAGAAUCCCCACCUACCACUCCUGUGAGGAGACCAGAACCAACCACUUCCAAAAUAUCCGUCACCGUGGCCAACAAACUUGCCACAAAGAAAGCAGUUCUUUCCAGACCAGCCGACCCAGGGCCGGACAAUGCUGCUAAGCGACGGAGAGUGACUGCGGAAAUGGAAGGUUUGUCAAGGAUGUCAGUGUUCGAUCGGCUUGGAGCAGAAACAAAAGCAGACACCACGACAGGAAGCAAGCCGACAGGAGUGUUCAGCCGUCUGGGUGAAGUGGUGAGUCAGAGGAAGGAGAGCAGCGAUGACGAGGAGGUUGGCUCGGUGCUUCAGUAUGCCGGCGUUUUGAAGAGAGCCCCCUCGGCGCCCGUGCCGGAGAGCCCCAAGCCCCCGCUCACCGUGAAGGGGAGAACCGGGGCGGCCGUUACCACCAUCCGGAGACUGGCCGUCCCUAAAGCCGGCGGCACCACCACUCCCACCGCCGCCGCCGCCGCCGUGCCCGGCAAGAGCGGCCAGGUCUCCCGGGCAACGCCCCACCACCGGCUGCAGUCGGCGGCUCCAGCCAAGGUCAGCAUCCGGCACAGGCUGGGGAAGGCCAUGCCGCCCGCAGCCGACACUCAGGACAACAAGGUGACCAGCACCAAGAGCCGCAGCAGCCCCGAGUUCACCGUGACCAUCAAGAACACGGCGCGGACUCCGGUCCCCACCAAAGUGAGCAGCAGCACAGAGGGCCGCAUGGCUCAGAUGGACUCCACGGGGACUGUUAGCGUCUUUGAGCGGCUGGGGAUGAAGUUAAAGUAACCGCCACCUCACCAAAGGCUGUCACCACAAGCCGCUGUAUUCCUCUACGUACGUAACGGUGUCUCUGCAGUCACAGCAGCAGGCUGUGUGCUUUGGGGAGUUCACAACGACUGCUCUGUCCACACCCUAAAAAAAAGGUCCUGGGGUUAACUAACGACACAAGGAACCCCUUGAGAGAAUAAUUGGAGCAAACAAGAUUUUAAUUAGCAUUUAGGCUUUGUUUUGAUAAUUUAUUCAAUGGCCUCUUUUAUUUGUGUUGAUGGGAGGGUGUGAGUUCUUUUUUUAAAAGGGGAAAAUAAAUUUGAUGCCGGUAUUUUGUACGUGCAAACAAGUUUAGACGUUGCCACGCUUUGCCCCCCCCUGGUAUCUACUAGAGGGGUUUAUUUUGCAUUUUAACCUGGUGCAGUGUGGUCACAGUCACUAAUUUAAUGAACCCUGUAGGAAUUUGGAUAAUCUGAAGGUUUAGCUGUUGUUAUUAAUGCAUCUCAGUCAUGUUGGGGUAUCGUGGCACUGAGCACAUGAUUGUUCAAAGCAGGCACAAUUUUACACAGUUACUUUAUGCCUUUUAAACGCUUAAAACCCCUGUCCCACGAUACGAGUUCAUUCCAAGAGCUCUCACGAGUUUGCCCUGAUUCCAACUCGGGAGAUUUACGGUAAUGGCCACUCGUCGGUACUCGGGGCUCUCGUGGACAUUUUUCAACAUGUUGAAAAAUCUUCACCAGUCUUCCUGUGCUUACCUGCCGUUAGCGAGUCUUCCCGAGUACCUGCCGUUAGCGUUACGAGCCGGCAAGAGACGUCCCCGAGCUCCGACGUACCCGCUACGUUCAUUCUCCGUGCUUACCAUGAGUUUGAUUUUUUUAAAACUCGGGAGAGCUCUUAGAAUGAACUCGCACUGUGGGACAGGGCUAUAACCAUCUGUAUUUAUCAGCCAACCUUUCUUUCCUCAGCCGUUCUGUUUUUCAUGCUUCUGAGAAGAUAUAAAAAUUGUUUUAAUUGGGCUCUUGUUACUAUAGUUUGAUUUGUGGAUUAGCCUUUGAUCAGGUGGCCACUACCUCUGAAGUUCUGGCUGUCAAGGUGACUUGUUUUACUCAAAACUAUUUAUUACCUUUAGUCCAAGUGGAAUGGUCAGUCCCAGCAAGGUGCCCGCACUCGCUGGAACGUUCCGGAAAGGCAAAUCAAAAUCAGGUUUGGUUUGGUUUAGUUUAGAGAUACAGCGUGAAAACAGGUCCCUCAACCCACGGAGUCCGCGCCGACCAGUGGUCACCUGUACACUAGUUCAUUCCCACACUCCAGGGACAAUUCAUAAGUUGCAGCAGCUGAAUUAGGCCAUUUGGCCCAUCAAGUCCACUCCUAUCGCUUCUUCCUAACCCCAUUCUCUAGCCUUCUCCCCAUAACCUCUAAUCAAUUACUCAUCAUUUAACCGACAAACCAAGACUUUGGAGAGUAGGAGGAAACUGGAGCAACGUGGUCACAGGGAGAACGUGCAAACUCCACACACACAGGCAGCGCCCAAGGUCAGAAUCGAACCGAUGUAUCUGGCGCUGUGAGGAGGCAGCAGCUGCUCCACUAUAAUGACCUAAUUUAAUGCUGAACCCAGUUAAAUAGACUGCUUUUAAAAUAUUUCCCGGAAGCAUAUUGUCACAUCUGUAUAGCAUCCAUGAGAUUGCAAAGGCCUGACAGAUAGAUUACAGCAUGCAAUUCUGUAAUGAAGUCACUUUAAAUUAAAGAAAACUUUUCAAAUUGAAGUUCGAUGCAGACUCCGAUAUUUUGGGGGUUACCGUCCACACUGCAGAGGGGGGAGGAAACGUGAAGAAGGGUCUCAACCCGAAACGUCACCCAUUCCUUCUCUCCUGAGAUGCUGCCUGUCCCGCUGAGUUACUCCAGCAAACUGAGCCUUGGAUCCCCGGACAAUCUCCAAGCUUAUUUAUUAACAAAGAUUCUUCUAUGUAGUGCAAUUUAUUUUGUGCAUUUGGGUAAUAUUGGAACUAUCAAUGUUACGGAAAGUGUGAUCAAUAAAAAAAAUUGUAUGCCGA